AUGUUUUUGGUUGGACCCUUGAACGAAUCGCUAAAGACUAGGUUCCCGAAUCUCUUUGGUUUGGAGUUGGUUAAAAGCUGUUUGAUCAAAGAACGCAUCGCUGGGGAGGGGAUUUGGCUGUGGCGACAGGAUCCGACUGAGGAAGACGAAUCUGUUGAGCUGAACGAUCUUAUGGAUUUGCUUUGGAAUAUUUCUUUGACCAGCAGGAGUGAUGGCUGGCAUUGGCUCGGUAAUAACUCAGGGACUUUCAGCGUUGGAUCGGUCAAGUCUCUCAUUAUCAACUCGUUUGAUUUUAGCUCCAGGUACGUCAUGAAGUGGUGCUCAUGGGUCCCGAUUAAAUGCAAUCUUUUCGCUUGGAAAGCUGAAAUGAACAUGAUUCCUACCGCCGAGGCUUUAAAAAAUAGAGGUAUGCUUAUUACCGAUGAGGUUUGUCCGUUAUGUAAUUCCGCGGAAGAAACGGUGGACCAUCUGUUCACCUCGUGUAUUGUCUUCUCGGUUAUUUGGCAUAAGGUGUGUUUAUGGAGCCGUGUCCCUCUGUUCUAUGCUUUUUCUUUUCGUGACCUUCUUGAGAUGCAUAACCACUGUGGCAAAAAGAACGAGGAAAAAGAGGUAUUCCAUGGAAUUAUUCUGAUUACGUGCUGGUGUGUUUGGAAGGCUAGAAAUGACUUGAGGUUUAACGGCGUGAAUUUUAAGAUUGAAAAUAUUUUCAGCGAUAUUAGAUCUUUAGGCUAUCUUUAG